ACAACAGAAGGCAAGUGAUAAAGAACACCAUUCUUUGUUUUCCAAUACACUUACCGGUAUAAAACGUACGUUAUCCACGUCAUACAGCCACACAGAUUCAACGUGUGUCCCUGAAGCAAUCCCCACUCCCCAUUCCAUCAUCGUUUACUAACUUGUCUCCCAGAUGUUUUCUCGUGCCAUCAAACAAUCUUUUGCUUCUCUUCCAAGAGCAAGAACCUUGACCUCGUCCGCCAGAGUCUUUUCCGCCCCCGUCAAGACCAACACCCCCACCGCCAAAACCUUGGCUGAUGUCACCGGUCCUGACUCCUCUUUAAUUGGUCCUGGUGCUACCCCAGGUACUAUUCCAACCGAUUGGGACCAAUCCACUGGUGCUGAAAGAUUCGAACUUUUGGGUAAGAUGGAAGGUGUGGAUGUGUUCGACAUGGAAAACCCCAUUUUCGAAGGAUCUGGUACCAUGCAAGACCCUUACCUCGUACCUACUUAUGUGGGCUACAGAUAUGUUGGAUGUAUGGGAAAAAAAGGAGAAGAACACAAGCCUUAUUGGUUGAAGGUCACUGCCGACGAGCCUGCCAGAUGCUGGCACUCGGGAGUGGUGUUUUUGGCCAAGUAUGUCGGUAGCCCCGAACACGCUCACCAUUAGGACUUUGGUAUAAUUCUAUUCUUUAUUAGUCUAUUUGCAUCAGUAAAUACAAAAAUUGUGUUAUGUAAAAUGGCCUCUAGUUCACCCGGAUAAAACAUCCUUGGAUGAAGCCUAACGUGGUGAUGAUUCCUAACCCCCACCAUCCAAGGCCAGCCACGUUACAUGCUUGACCCACUGUCAUUAAGCGUCCGGUGAAGAGUGGACUUAUACAAGCAGCUAGUGACGCGGCCGAAAUCGCCGCCCCGUUAACAAUACCUCUAUACUCCUUCUUGGCAUUGGAGUUGAUCAGAACCAUGGCCAACGUCAUCAACGAACUAGCCACCAUCACCCUAAUAAACACAAAAGCGUAGAGAAAUUGGUCGGCAUACUUGGUGGUCAAGUCUCCGUCCAACUGCUGGGGCAAGAACAACAACACGUACGGUAAAAUUGCAAAUAACAACGGGAAAAUCCCUAAGGCCACUAGAAAAACGGUGUUUCUGUUGAAUUUGCGGUCAAUUGUGGGAAACACCAAAAGUACCAUGAACAUGCCAAAAAACCAGAACUC